AUGGUGGAAGAAUCGCAUGAUGAAUCAUCUGAUAGGAGAAAAUUCGAUCUCUGGAGCGUAGUCUUAGAUGGUCCUACCAUUUCUAUGAAAAAGGGGCCUGAUGGAGAAACAAUGAUACCUAAGGAUAGAAACGAAUGGAAUGUUGCUGAUAAACUUGCCAUACAAAAUAAUGCCAAAGCUAAGAAAAUCUUGAUCUGUGGUAUAGGACUAGACGAGUACAAUAGAAUUUCCUCCUGUAAAGAUGCUAAAGCAAUCUGGGAAACUCUGCAAACUGCACAUGAAGAAACUACUCUGGUCAAGAAAUCUAAAAUUGACAACUUAAACAGACAGUAUGAAUUAUUCAGAAUGAUGGAUGGAGAAACUAUUCAAGAUAUGCACACCAGGUUUACAUCAAUUAUCAAUGAGAUCUACUCUCUUGGAGAAGUAAUUCCCAACGAAAAAGCUGUAAGAAAAUUCCUGAGCGUCUUACCUGAGUCAUGA